AUCGAAUAUCUGAACAUACUCGUGCGUCUGAUUUUGAGUACUACAAGCGGAAAUAUUACAAUGACUUGAAGGAUGGUUACUCAGGUUCAACAUAUAUUAUCAAGGAAAUAAGCAGGAUGUGGCAGGUUGAACGCGAAUAUCUGGUGAAUGUGGCUAAGGAUCAUGAAAAAGCUAGGCUAGAAUUGGAAGCUCGGAGGAAUGAACUUAUGUCCCAUGAAAAGGAUCUGCAGAAGCAUCAAGCCGAUAAUCAAAAUGAGAUAGAUAAGCUAUUUCUUGAGAAGAAACAGAAUGAGAUGGCAAUAGCAGAGCAAAAAAAGGCGGAUGAACAAAUGAUGCAUUUGGCCUAUAAACACAAGAAAGAGAAAGAAAAACUUCACAAUAAAAUUCAUGACCUGGAGAGAGAGCUUGAUGAAAAACAUGGAUUGGAAUUGGAAAUUGAACAGCUGAGAGGAGCUCACAAAGUAAUGAAGCACAUCGGAGAGACUGAUCUGGAAGAGAAGGAAAAACUGGAGGCGAUCAAAAUGCAUCUGCAAGAAAAGGAAGAGGAAUUGGAAGUUGUGGAAGAUCUUAAACAAAUGCUGGUUAUUUGGGAGCGCAAAAUUAAUGACGAGUUGCAAGAUUCCCGCAAAAAAUUAAUAAGUUGGAUUUGCUGCUGCCCAGAUGCUCGAGCCACAAUUUCAGUUAAAAGGAUAGGCGAACUUCCUAUUAAGCCGUUUUUGGAAGCAGCUAAGAGAAAGUUUUCUGAUGAAGCGCAUGUGAAAGCAAUGGAGUGGUUUUCAAAGUGGGAUGAACAUAUUAGGGAUUGCAACUGGCUUCCUCUCAAAAUUGUAAUCGACAAAGAAGGGAACUCCAAGGAAAUAUUAGACGAAGAAGAUGAAAAGCUGAGAAGUUUGAAGGGUGAGUUUGGAGAUGAGGUGCAUGAUGCAGUAGCUACAGCUCUAAAGGAGUUAAAUGAGUACAAUCCUAGUGGUAGGUACUCAAUACCGGAACUCUGGAAUCAUAAAGAAGGAAGGAAGGCUUCAUUGAAGGAGGGUGUUUCCGAUUUAAUAAAGCAAUGGAAGCAAUCGAGAUCAAAUCAGCGAAGGAGAAUUUGAGGCUUUAUUUCAGUGGUAAGAACUUAGUAUUAGACUUAUAUGCAGAAAAUUUAAUAUAAAUUCUAGCUUUAACAGACUCUCCGGCUCAAAUUAUAUCUCCGGAUGGUGAUGGUGAUACUUCGUUUAAUUGUGAUAUAUAAUGUAAUAUCAUAUAUACUAUUUUAGCAGAUAAUGUGAGCAUUUUAAAUGUUUUUGAAAAUAUUUAGUUAUAAAAAAUUGUAAAA